ACUUGAUUAUUAAAGAAUAAGAAGUUAGGACAUCUAUACUUGUAAAAUAGUAGUUAUAUGUAUCUAUCAGUUUGUAGUGAUAGGCUGAAACGAAAUUGUAUUCAUUGAUCACUCUAUUAUAGUGUUAAGAUCAUGGGUUUCUUAGUGUGUGUAAAUAGAAAAUGUAGAGGGAUUUUAGUUGUUUUUGGUGGUAUCUUAGUUCAUUUAUCAUUAGGAACUAGUUACACUUUUGGAAAUUUAAAUCCUUACAUCACAUCAUACAUGCGAGCUAAGGGUGUUGCUCCUUCCCUCACAUACACUGAGUGUGCCUGGAUUUUAGCUGCUACUGGUAUAGGUCAAGGGUUCUCUGUGGUACUGGGAGGUCUCAUUGAAAAAAAGAUUGGACCUUCACUGACUACACUGUUAGGAGCAUGGCUAAUGAGUCUUGGUGUUUUUAUGACAUACUUUUCAAUCAAACAUUCAUUUGCCUUGAGUAUUGUUACCUAUGGUGCCAUUGUUGGUUUUGGUUUAGGAAUUGCAUAUGCCAUUCCGCUAGGCUGCUCAGUGCGUUGGUUUCCAGAGAGAAAAGGUUUGGCCAAUGGUCUUGUGCUUGCUGGGUAUGGGGGUGGAGCUUUUAUUUUCACUCAGAUUCAAACAGCCUUUAUCAACCCAGAUAAUAAAAAACCUGAGCUGGAAAUAGAUGGUGACAAGUAUUUUUCUCAGUCUGAUGUAUUGGACAGAGUGCCUUACACAUUUCUUCUACUUGGUGGGUGCUUUGCAGUCAUGCAGCUAAUAGGAAGUUCAUUAAUUUGUAACCCUCCACCAAAAGAAAUUACUAUUAUUAUUCCAGACUCAGAUACUAAAAUCUAUUCAUCUGAAGAGAGAUAUGUCAAGAUAACUAACCAAAUAUCUGCACCUAAAUUGGAUCAACAGGCUUUUGAUAAUAAACAGAAGAUGGAUAAAGAGGGACAAGUAAAAAAUUCCAACAGUGAAAAAUCAGAAAAUAAUGACGAGGAAGAUGACAAUGUUUAUCCUCUGGUAAUGCUCAAAGACAAAAACUUCUAUCUGCUAUGGUUCAUGUUUCUCUUCAAUGGGCAAGGUGUCACUUUCAUUUCUAGUCUUUACAAGGCCUAUGGUCAAACCUUCAUUUCUGAUGACUCAUUUCUUGCCUUGGUUGGAGCUUUUGCUGCAGUGUUCAAUGCUUCAGGCAGAAUUAUGUGGGGCAUGAUUGCUGAUAAAUUUACUUUCAGGGUGGCGCUGUUUUCUAUGUUAUGUUUAUUCACAUCCCUAAUGCUGACAUUGCAAGCAUCUGAAUAUGUUGGCAAGCCACUGUUUUUUGUGUACAUUUGUUUACUGUUUGGGUCCUUGUCAGGCAACUUUUCAUUGUUUCCAACAGCAGUGGCUAAAAUGUAUGGACCUAAGUAUGUCAGUAUAAACUAUGGCCUGUUGGUUACAUCACAGAUAGUAACAGCACCUUUGGGAACUUUUCUUUCACAAAUACUGAAAAACACUAUUGGUUGGCAUGGACUAUUUUUUUUGGUGGCAGGUUUUUCUUUCUCAAGUUUUUUGCUUUCCAUCUUGUUUAAUGGCAAAAACAAAAAAGGGAAAACAAUUUAAGGAAAAGGACAAAUAAUCUGACCAGCUCAGUGGAAAACUACUUGGUUCUGGUGAUUGCAUUCUGAGGCGAGAAAAAAA